AUGCCGCGCGCGAAGUCGUCGUCGGAAACCUUCGAUGCGCUUUACGACGAACUCACGCGCGAGCGCGCGAACGAGGCGAGCGAGGCGUCGACGUCGACGAGUUUAAAGUCGCCGAACGUUGCAAAAGAUUUGCGCGAGCUCGUCGAGCGCGUUCGGAUUCCUCGCGCCGAGCGCGCGGCGCCGGCGAGCGAGCUCGACGUCGAGGAGGACGAAACGUUCGAGCGCGCGUUCGAGGCGUUCGCGUCGCGGGAGGGAGGGAGACGGCGAAAAGAGACGCGGAGGGAGGACGCGGGGGCGAAUUCGAGUCCGCGACCGCGCGCGCUCGAGACGCCGGAGACGCUCUUACGUUUACUCCGCGAAGAGCAGCGCGCGCGCGCUCGAGUGGAGAUGAAGUUAGAUGAAUUAGAAGCGGAUCGAUCGAAGCGAGACGCCGAGGCGUGGGAAGCGGUGGAAGAUGCGCGAUCGACGGCGAACGAGUGGCGAGAGCGGUGCAAACAGUUGCGCCGCGACGUCCCAGAGCGAUGGUUGGGCGUGUUCGAGUCGUACGACGACGAGAUCGAUCGACUCGGGAAAGAAAACUUCGCGUUACGAGAGUGCCGUCACCUCGAGCUCGCCGAGAGGCUGUCCGCGAACGAGGUCUCGGACGCGAACGAGGAGUCGCCGCGCCUCCGCCGCGCGCUUCGCGCCGUCACCCUCGAGCGCGACGCCGUGACCGUCAAACUCGCCGACGUCGCCCGCCGCGAGCGCCAGAUGAGUCUCAUCAAGCGUCACGCCGAGGGCGUCUCCGCUCGUCUCGCUCGCGUCGAGCGUCUUCUCGUCUCCGAGCGCGCGUCUCGCGCGUCCUCCGACGCGCGCGCGUCUCGCGCCGACGCCGCCGUCGCCGCCCUCAUCACCGAUUACGAGUCCCAGCUCACCAGCGCGCGCGCGUUGAUCGAAAAGCUCGCCCUCCGCUGCGACGCCGGGGACUUGAUCGCCACCGCGCGCGAGCACGACCGACGAUUUCCCGCGCGUUGCGCGUCCUAG